UUUAAACGUCAAAUCAUGUCAUUUCCUUUUGAUUAGUGGGCCGUCCGAUUAUUAAGUUUGUGAUUGUUUGUGAAAUAAAGCGUAAUGAUGGCUGCUGAGGACACAACAGCGGACGCGACGAGGCGGUUAAAUGUUAAGAAACAAACGCUGGACGACGCGUAUGCGGCGCCGGCCAAUUUCCUCGAAAUUGACGUGGUGAACCCAGUGACGACAAUGGGAGUCGGGAAGAAACGCUAUACGGAUUAUGAAGUCCGCAUGAGGACCAAUCUGCCCGUGUUCAAAGUGAAGGAGUCGAGCGUGAGGCGGCGGUACAGCGACUUCGAGUGGCUCAGAAACGAAUUAGAACGAGACAGUAAGAUUGUGGUACCACCUUUGCCAGGCAAAGCUUUAAAGAGGCAAUUGCCUUUCCGUGGAGAUGAUGGCAUAUUUGAAGAGGAAUUUAUAGAGGACCGCAGAAAAGGCUUAGAAACGUUCAUCAACAAGAUAGCCGGGCACCCGCUAGCACAAAACGAGCGCUGCCUGCACAUGUUCCUGCAGGAGCCGACCAUCGACAAGAACUACGUCCCCGGCAAGAUACGGAACACAUAAUAAUCACACUCCGCCCAACUUUGGAACAAUUCUGCUCAUACAAUCUAUAUUUAAGCAGAUAAGUUGUAAACUACUUUUUAAAGGAGAGAUACUUUUGGUUGUAGGGUGAUGUUUAGAUAUGUUUUAGAUGUAUACAAGGGGGUAAAUUAGUAUUAAGAAUAUCAUACACAGGAUAAUAUUGCUCCCAUCUUUUAACUAUUCUGAUAAAAAAAUCCAGGCAUUCUCUGUAAUUGUCUUUGUAAUAUGACAUCUUUCUCAAAAUAAUUGCUCUUUAAAAUCAGUAAGUGAAAUAAGUCACGUCUAAUAUUAGACUACCCAUCUUUUUAAUAGAAAGAGUUAGAAACGAAAGGGUGCUAUUAUAAACAAAUUUUGCGUGAGAAAAAGAUCUCUUAUAUUCUCUAUGUGUAUGAGUAGGUAUUGGCAUAAUCAAUUGAAUUAAGAUCUCAUCAAGUGUUUGUUUUAACCCAGGAGUUCUAUGUAAAUUGGUAAGUGUCUUUUCUUUAAAAAGUAGUUUUAUACAAUACAUAUUCACUAGGUGAAAGUUUUAAUUUAGUUUCCAUGCUCUGAUAGUUUGGACUUUGGAGGCUGAGUCAGAUAAAUUCUAGAGUUUUAGUCAAAUUUGAAAUAACUGUUUAUUAAUAUCACUGUUAAAAUAACAAAUAGUUGACAAGUUAACUUGGACUGAGAGUUUAAAGAAUACAUCUGGGUUUAACCAAGAUAAAUCACUACACAAAUUGUUAUAAUGACUAAAGUUCUCAAGUCUACAACACAAUGAUUUUUCCUUGACAAGACUUUGUACUUGUCAUUGAUAAUUAAUGACCCUGGCUCUUCGGUCCAGCUAUUAUUUAAAAUACUAAUUAUCUAUUUACACUAAUAACUUAUUUGUUUAAAUUACACUAACAGCACUAAUAAUUAAAUGGGGGGAUUGUUCCAAAGUAAUAGAUAAUGUAUCAGUGAUCAUAUUAAAAUAUCACGAAUGCAAUAACCGCGAGCGAUGGAAAAUAACGACGGAUUUCUUAUACGGCACUGCAUUCCACAGAUUAAAAAUAUAUUUAUUUUUGCGUUCAGACUGCAACGAUCUGGUGCGAACAGUGAAUCAUUAUGCUGUGUCUACAUUUGAGUACUCAACGUUAUUCGCUGUGACACGACUCAAAUGUGUAGACAUUAAUAAAAUUAGAACAAAAUUAGUUAUUGUUUGAAAUUAAGCAAUAUUAUUGGAAUUGUUGAAAUUGUUUAGCGUUCAUAAUCUCUAUGUAUAUUCAGUUAGCAUUGCGAGUAAUUAUAUGUUAUAGUCAAUAGAUUAAACAUUAAGGUAAUUUUACUUUAUUUUGUAUACAUAAAAUCUCAUUGGUUUGUAUUCAUUCGCCAUUUUUUUUCAAUUAAUUUCCUGCGCAAGAGACCUCUAAAACGAGACAUUACUUCUCCCUCUCAUAUAGUGGGGUCUCUUUUCCGCGGGAGUUUCAUCAUGUUUGAGCUAGCUAAGUGUAUUUAUUACCCUGGUUUUUUGGUAUGAGUUAAGAUGCUUCUGGCCUAGAUUGUUAACGGAAAAAAGAUCGGAAUUGUUUCGAUAUUUCAAAAUGAAGUUGAAGUCGAAUCGAUUUAAAGAUGGCGAAAAACGAAAUAAACAAUUCUAGGCUCGAAGCAUUCAUGGGAUUAUAAUCUAAUUAGACUUAUAUUUAGUUUAAACUUAGAUUAAAAAUUAAAAACAUAGGCAGCCACAACACCGUUUUAUAAGAACUUAUGACCUUUCUUAUUAUUAAGCAUACACAAUUGGCGUACAUAUGUGACACUGAUAAGUCAGUCUAAGCCUAGAGUCGGUCCAACUACCUCUCUGCAGCAUAUUUGAUAGCAACGAGGGGGGUGGGGUUAGGGUCGGCAACGCGCAUGUAACUCCUCUGGGGUUGCAGGUGUACAUAGGCUACGGAGACUGCUUACCAUCAGGCAGGCCGUAUGCUUGUUUGCCAGCGUGUAGUAUAAAAAAAAAUACUGUGGAAGUGUUAUUUUAAACGUCAUAAUUUCAUAGACAUUUGAUGUUUAUGAUAACACUUCCACGCUCUGUGCUGUCAAAUUAGAUGCAUAGUUAGCUCGGUCUAACUCUAUUAAUCUAAUAAGAUUUAAGCCAUAUAUGUGCAGAACUACAGCUGUUUUACUCAUUUUAAAAACAUAAUUUUUUUUUUUCUGUAGGUUAAAAACGACCCAAUAGGCAUAUAUGGGUUUAAUAGUAAGACGUCAUAAGAUCUUAUGUCGGUUCCGUGGCAGAAACUUCACCUAUGUAAAUUCCUGUAACACCAAGCAGGCGUUUGGGUAUUAUUCCACUCUAGAGUUCUUCGAUUAGUAUUCAAAAUUUGCUGUCAAAGUCAAAAAUAUCUAAACAGCCAAAGUGACAAAAAUAAGAACACGACUACAUUUUAUUUUAGUCACUUGGAAUACAAAUAAAAUAGAUUCUCAUCGAAGAAACGCUAGUGUGUUGUCUAUGGUACGAUUUUUAAAAUCGAGUUCUAUUCGAGAUUCUCUAUCUCAAAUUUUAUCGAUUCGAGAAUCGGACCAAUGGUGACCAUUCGCCGAUAAUCGAAGUAUUUUCAACAGUGCCUGCAGGCAUAGGUAAAUGAAUUGACUUUUUAAAAAUAUUUUUCGCCAUGGGUGUACAAAAUUGGUAAUUGGAGGCAUGCUUUCGAAAGGUCGUACUGCGUCAUUCGCACGAGUUGAUUGCCUUUAGGAGAGAUAAGGACAUCGCUAUAGCAAAGUCUUUGUCUGAUGCAGUACUUCUAGGACUUUUUCUUGCCAACGACUAGUUCUAAAAUAAGUGCUUUCCACACUAAUCACGCCCACGUUUUCAUAUUGUAACGUAUAUGUUGGAAUUGUUAUCGUCAGUUUAAGGCAAUUUUUUAUUACGCGGGCCGUACGAUUGAUCGCCUCUAAAAAAAAAUUGAAAUGGCAGUCAACUCGUGAGCAACAUUUCAGUGUCUUUUCAAGAGGACUUAUUUUUGUAUGGUUUUCAUAGAGAAAUAAGCACUUUUGAAAGUCACUUCUUAAGAUACGAUUUUUCUAAAGUCGCCAUGUAAUGUAGUUUUAUAUAAUUAUCUAAUUUGAACAGCAUGUGUUGUCGGUUAGGAUAAAUGACUGUUUAGAUAUACAGAGAGUAUAAAUGUCAGGUAUCUGUCUAACGCCAGUUAACAUUCGGUUACGUAUUAUGUCGAUCAUAAUAGGGUAUAAUGAAAUAAAUUUGCUAUCAUGUCA